AUGGUUCAGAUCAAAGACUUUGCUGUUGAACAAUGGAUGGACAAGUACGAAACAACCGCCAAGUACAACGUGGCAGAGACAUGCAGCGCCUCAGUGUCUAUUCGAGAACUCCAAGAGUUAUCCGAGGACCCGGCUUCAGGUCCCUUGGAUGGCCUCCUUGAUCGCAAGCUCACAUACGGGGAGAUCCGAGGUUCUGAACGACUGCGAACGACACUGGCCAAUUUGUACUCCGUGAAGACGCCAAGUCCAUUGCCCCCGGACAAUAUCCUGAUCACUUCUGGUGCAAUCCAGGCGAAUUUUCUUCUGUUAUAUACCCUGACAGGCCCCGGGGAUCAUGUUAUAUGCCACUACCCGACCUAUCAGCAGCUGUAUUCGGUCCCAGAGUCGCUUGGGGCUGAUGUGAGCCUAUGGAAGUCGAAGGAGGCGGAUGGCUGGAAGCUGGACCUUGAGGAGCUAAAGGCGCUCAUCCGGCCGAAUACCAAGCUUAUCAUCCUCAACAACCCGCAGAACCCUACAGGGGCUAUCAUCCCGCAAGAGACAUUGGAUGAGAUAGUCGAAAUUGCGCGCAGCUCAUCCAUCUACGUCUUCUGUGAUGAAGUCUAUCGGCCUCCCUUCCACUCUAUCAGCCCUAUGGACAAGGAAUUCCCCUCAUCAACCCUGUCUCUGGGCUAUGAGAGAGCAAUUGUAACAGGCUCCAUGUCAAAGGCAUACAGCCUCGCAGGUAUCCGUGUAGGAUGGAUUGCGUCUCGCGAUCGAUCUGUUAUUGAAGCCUGCGCCUCUGCGCGGGAUUAUACCACCAUCUCCGUCUCGCAGCUAGACGAUGCAGUUGCAAGCUACGCACUGGCACCAACCACAAUCCAUUCACUACUAAAGCGAAAUAUUGAACUUGCCCGAAACAAUGUUGCAAUCCUGGAAAAGUUCAUUGAGUCUCAUCGCUGGGCGUGCGACUGGGUUAAACCCCGAGCCGGAACCACGGCGUUUGUCCGAUUCAACAAGAUGGGCAAGCCUAUAAAUGACAUCGCGUUCUGUGAGAUGCUCCAGGAGCGAACCGGGGUCAUGUUUGUCCCUGGAAGCUUGUGCUUUGGUGGCGGAGAAGACUUCCAUGGCUACGUGCGGAUUGGAUUUGCGUGUGAGACGCAAGUGCUGGAGGAAGGACUCGCUAAGUUGAAAACAUUUUUGGAGGAUGACUAUGAAGAAGUACCCGCGAUGAAGAAAAGGCCGGCUUAG